CCGCAAACAUGGGGCUUUUAUUCGAUAAUUUAUUUUUGGACGUUGUGCUUUUAAUCAGUUGCAGUGCUAUUGCUCUGCAUUUCUACAUUCAACACAUCUACUCGUAUUGGGAUAGGAAGAAGAUAAAAUCCAUCAAGCCAGUUUUUCCAUUUGGAAAUCUCAAGGAUGGCUUCUUGCUAAAGAAGCCUUUUGCGGAGCUUUUUAUGGAUCUCUACAAACAAACAGAUGAACCUAUUCUUGGACUCUACGCAACAACAAAGCCAGCACUGAUGGUUCGAGAUCCAGAACUUUUAAGGCUCAUCCUUAUAAGAGACUUUCAGUAUUUUCAUGAUCGUGGCGUGUAUGUGAAUGAGGACAGUGAUCCCCUUUCAGGGCAUCUUUUUUCGUUGAAUGGUGAAAAGUGGAAAAAUUUACGAGCAAAGCUCACUCCGACAUUCACAUCUGGACGACUAAAGGCAAUGUUUCAAACUUUUCUUGACUGUGGAAAGAGUUUGGAGGCUCAUCUCAUGAAGAAUGCCAAUAAGGAAGUAGAUAUGCGCGAUCUAAUGGCUCGCUAUACGACUAAUAUAAUUGCAUCAGUUGCCUUUGGAUUAGAUUCUGAUGCAAUUGCUGAGCCUAAGGACACAUUCAGGAUAAUGGGAAGGAAGUUCUUUGAUCCAACGUUUAUGAAUAUUUUGCGAUUAACGUGCCUGUUCAUUCUACCACAUAUUGGAAAGUUUUUCAAUAUCAAAUCAGUGGAUAAUGAUUACGAAGCUUUCAUCUUUAAAAUGGUGAAGGAUACAAUGAACUACCGAGAGAAGAAUAACGUACAUAGGAAGGAUUUUAUGCAGCUUCUUCUUCAGUUGAAGAAUACAGGAAAAGUUGAUUAUAGCGAUGAUUGGAAUAUUCAAUCAGAUGGCAGUGACAAAGGACUAUCAUUCAAUGAAUUAGCAGCUCAGGCUCAUGUCUUCUUCUUGGCUGGUUUUGAAACUUCCUCAACUACAAUGUCUUUUUGCUUCUACGAACUAGCCAAGAAUCUCAAUGUUCAGGAGAAAGUUCAAAGAGAAAUUGACGAAGUAACCAAGAAACAUGAUGGAAAGAUAACGUACGAGUCCCUAAUGGAAAUGAAAUAUCUGGAAAGUUGCAUCGAUGAGACUCUUAGAAAAUAUUCAUCAGGUCCUGUCUUGAAUCGCGAAUGUACAAAAGAAUAUCAAAUACCCGGAAGUGAUAUUAUCAUUGAGAAAGGAACACGAAUCUUCAUUCCAGUUCAAGCAAUUCAAAUGGAUCCAAAGUACUAUCCAGAACCUGAAGAAUUCCGCCCCGAAAGAUUUUCUUCGGAUAUUUCAAACGGUGGUAAUCAGAAAGGUGUUACAUACAUGCCAUUUGGUGAUGGCCCAAGGGCCUGUAUUGGGCUACGAAUGGGAAAACUUCAAGCAAAAAUUGGCAUUGUAUUGAUCAUGUCAAAAUUCAAUUUGCGACUUGGUGAAAAACUUCAGAAUAUGAAGAAACUCAAGUACGAAGUCAAAAGUAUGCUUCCUGCUCUUGAAGGGGGAAUGUAUUUGAAAGUUUUGCCAAGAAAAUCAGUCUAAAAGAGCUGAUUUAGCUUUGCUCUAUUUGUGAAGCUUUACUAAUAAAAAAAAAUCAUAUAAAAAUGCAUAAAAAUGAAUUUUUGAUAAGGUUUUAUCAUAGAAAUUCUGAUUGAGUAUACAAAACCAUAUAAUUUUUCUAUCUUUCCAAACAUGAUUCAGCGAUAUUCUGGCUGUUAAAUUAACAUAAAAAAUACAAGAAAAUUAUCUUUCCAUAAUGUUAAUUUAGAAUUAAAGAAUACUUAAUAUUAUCUUUUACAUUAAAAAUUAGUUUGAAUUAAGAAUAAUUAAUUUAAAGAACUUCAUUCAAUUUUUAUUUAAAAAUUAGAAAUUGGAAGAUUUAUUUAAGUUUUUUAAUGAUAAAUAUUAUGUAUUCAAUGUAAAAUUAUUUUAAUUAAUAAAACCAUUAAAUAAUGUCUUUCAAGUUAAA